AUGUCGGUCCGUAUUCAGUUUGAUCAACCCGAACAGAGGUGCUAUACAAAUCUCGAUUUCGUCUCGGGCAACGUUAUCCUCGUCCUUCCCAACGAUGCAUCCAUCUCGGCAGUCACGGUCAAGCUCGAGGGCGAGAGUCGAACUCGGCUCGCCGGUCCCAAGUUCCCCAACAAUGAGCGUUCGGAUAAGAAGAGGACGGAGCUAGAAUUGCACAAGCUCUUGUACAAAGUCCUCACCGUUUUUCCAACGCCUGAGCUCCAAGAAAGAAGUAGCGCCUCCGCAUACACCCUCCUCGCCGGGCAAUAUCUGUACCCGUUCAAGUUCAAGUUUCCAUUUAACAACGACUGUCAAAGGAAUCCGAGUGCGCUGAAAGAUAUCAAACUUGGUCAUGUGAAUGUUCAAUUCGCCCCAGACACCACAAAACAUGUGAAGAAGACCCUACCUCCGUCGCUAAGUGGCUUUCCUGGCGAGGCCGAGAUAAAAUACUAUGUCAAGGCAACAAUCGUCCGACCCAAGUUCUUCCAAGAGAACAUCAGAGCGAUUGCCGAUAUCAGAUUUUUGCCCAUCGAGCCUCCUCGACCUCCCAAUCGUCAUGAGGAAACGUUUGCAAGGCGGAAGAGACAAUUCCAGCGAUACCCGGUCGAGUCGCAGAAAAGAAUGUCCAGCCUUUUCAGCAGAAAGUCUUCAACUCCAACAUCCGCCGAGGAGGAACCUCCCGCUUUUCAAGUCGAUGCCCGUCUUCCCAGUCCCGCUAUCAUCACAUGCAACGAACCCUUGCCGCUGCGAAUAUUGGUUGAGAAGCUCAACGAGAGCUCGGCAACCGCCUAUCUCAGGACGCUCCAGAUUGAACUAACAGGGUACACUCAGGUCAGAGCUGUCGAUUUGGAGAGAACUGAAACCACAAAAUGGCUCUUGAUGUCACAGGCGAACAUGAACAUGCCUCUAGGAAACCCUACCGACAAAGGUCGCAAGGAAUGGAAACUGCCCUCUCGACUGUGGGAUGACUUGCCCCUCCCAAACACGGUCUGCCCUUCAUUCGAUACCUGCAACAUCUCUCGGCGGUAUGAGCUAGAGGUCACUGUUGGCUUGGCACAUGCUAUGGCUAGUGGGGUGCGACCCGAACUUAUGAUCCUUCCAUUGCGUCUGCCUGUUUUGGUGUAUUCCGGCAUCGCCCCUCCUCCUCAGCUGCUGAAGGCCAUGGCCAAUAAUCCUCGCCCUCAACCUUCUCCGUUACAUCUGUCCCCACCAAGGCCGACCGAAAUGAACGACAUGUCUUUACGACCAGAGACGCCCUCGGGAACGCCAACAACACCUUUGUCCGAGAUCAACUCGUACCCGGCUCAAGUUGGUUCUUACAGUCCCCAUGAACAAUCAGGCAUUCCCGAUGACGCUCCACCCAGCUACGAGGAUGCUAUGGCUGAGGAUAUUGCACCUGUCGAUGGCCCUCGGCGGGAGUACCACGUCCCGUCUGAACCGGUCGCUCAGCGGCCUGCCUUCAACGCCGACUCGAAAGGGGGCGAACUAGGCCGGCGAGUUAGCGAGCGACUGUUUUCGGGCGGAGAACCAGCCGCUCCUACCAGGACAACCUCGAUGCCGAGCACCAUGCAAGGCUUAGCGUUAGCGGAGGACGAUGAUGCAGGGUCUCCGAGCUCGCCAGCUGGAGAAAAUUCAAGCCAAAUGACUAGCUGGAAGAGGAGUUUCAGUGGGCGCAAGGAAUAA